ACUGUCCGUUGGAUGCUUGGCACUGCACGGUCUAGAGGAUCAUCCUCGUGAAUACAGUGAAUCUUUGGAAUCAGAUGUUCUAAACAAAACGAAUUCUGCCUAUUGUACUGCAGAUGACUUUGUACUGCUAAAUCUUGUUGUACUACACAUUGUACAACCUAAAUUGUACAGUUGAAAUUUGUGCUUCUGUGCUCUAUGUACAAGAUACAAAGUGAAAAAGUGAAAAAUGCGUAUUAACGUUUUUAAAAGUGCAUAGAAAAUUCUAUUGUGUUUUUUAACAUCUGUUUGAAUUUUUAGUAUCCAGUAUCUAGUUUCCAGUUAAACAGUAUCCAGUAUCUAGCACCAGCAGAAUAAAAAAUAUAGUAUCCAGUAUUUGACGUAUCUAAGUAUGGUAUUAUAGCCUGCUGUAUACAACCUUCAAGGAGAAAACUAAAAGAAUAAAAAACAUCAAGAGCAAAAGCAGUUAAUACAGGGGACUAGAUGUAUCCUGGUGGAAGGGACUCCUCUCUCCCUGGAGGAUGGGGAGGAGGGAGGAGGGACUCCACCCACUCCUUGUCUAGCUCUGGACAUUCUACUCCGUGUAAUCCAAGGAAAAUGUUGGAUAUUAUGAAGAUUAAUCCAUCCCUUCUCAGCUUGGGUGUCCCAAGAAACCAAGGAUCUAGAAGAAGAAGUUUUCUGAUGAACGAAGCUUGCGAGGCUGCUGAGGCUACUGACGUACUACCUGACGAAGACGACCCACCAGGACGGAAAGCCCGACGGAAUGUCCAGCUCUACCUACCCCGGAUAAUUAUUCCAAGACAUGGUUCUCUGGUCCAGGAUCAAAACUCAGGGAUUGAUGAAAGAGGAAGCAGUGAAGCUUUAUCAGGUCUUAUUCUUCCACAAUCUCAUCCACAUAGAAGAGAAAGCUUUCUUUAUAGAACUGAACCUGAGUUCGAUCUUCCCUCAUCCACACAUUCUAGAAAUUCAUCAAUAGCCAGUGAAGCCGGAGGAAGCGAGGACUCGGAGAGUGACUGCGGGGCGCAGAUGGGGGAGGGGCGGGGAGUUCCCUGCCCCCCCUCACCCUAUAAACCCCCUAAAUAUCAUCGAACUUCAUCCUUAGAGCAGAAUAGAAAAUUUUACAAUGGACACGGAGACGAUCUGAUAGUAACUCCCUUCGCCCAGAUCCUUGCCAGCCUUAGAAGUGUUCGAAACAGUUACAUUUCACUCACUAAUAUACCUCAAGCUUCACAUAGAUCAAGACGACCUUCUCUAGUAGCCGGACACUCGUACAACCAUCUUUCUAGAAUAGAACCAACAGAUGAGAACUAUGUCCGGCGAGCUGGAGAAACCCUGGAGGAGCUGGACUGGUGUCUCGACCAGCUGGAGACUAUUCAAACCCACCGGAGUGUAUCAGAUAUGGCAUCUAGUAAGUUUAAACGUAUGCUGAACAAAGAGCUGAGCCACUUCUCGGAGUCUAAAUCCGGGAACCAAGUUUCAGAAUAUAUCUGCAAUACAUUCUUAGAUAAGGACCAGGACGUGGAUGUGCGAAGUGAGCAGGUUGAUGGAGCUGUAGGAGAUGAUGGAGCCAAGUAUGGAGAUGAUGGUAGUAAGGUUAUGUCCAUCAUCACCGGAGUUGGGAAUAAGUCCCUAGAGCACGCCAAUAGUGUAUCUCUGUUGAGUUCUGGAUUGCCUAAGUUUGGUGUUCUGACAACACAUGAAGAGGAAUUAGGUGAAUGUCUGGAGCACGUUGAUCAAUGGGGGCUGGAUAUCUUUAAGGUUUCUGUAUUAUCCAACAGUCGACCUUUAACAGCUGUAACCUACACAAUCUUCAGGGAUCGUGACCUAUUGAAGAUCUUCAAGAUCCCUUGCGAGAAACUUGUCUCCUUACUCCUUACUUUAGAGGAUCACUAUCUCAAGGAUAUUCCUUAUCAUAACAGUGUACAUGCAGCAGAUGUUACUCUAUCCAUGAAUACUCUUCUAUCCUCACCGGCGCUAGAGUCGGUUUUUACACCGCUAGAGAUUAUGACUGCAAUAUUCUCAGCUGCCAUUCACGACGUGGAUCAUCCAGGACUCACUAAUCAGUAUCUUAUUAAUACUAGCUCGGAGUUAGCCCUGAUGUAUAAUGAUGAGAGCGUAUUAGAGAACCAUCAUCUAGCUGUAGCAUUCAAGCUCCUCCAGAACCCAGACUGUGAUAUAUUCAUAAACCUCAACAAGAAGCAGAAGCAGACCCUUAGGAAGAUGGUCAUUGAUAUGGUUCUCGCCACUGACAUGUCUAAACAUAUGAGUUUGCUCGCAGACUUGAAAACUAUGGUAGAAACUAAAAAAGUUGCUGGAAGUGGUGUUUUACUACUAGACAACUAUACAGAUAGAAUACAGGUUCUACAAAAUAUGGUUCACUGUGCUGAUCUAUCCAACCCCACCAAACCCCUGGAUUUAUACAGACAGUGGUGUGAUAGGAUCAUGGAGGAGUUCUUCCAGCAGGGGGAUAAGGAGAGAGAGGCAGGGUUGGAUAUCUCUCCUAUGUGUGAUAGGUUCAAUGCAACCAUAGAGAAAUCUCAGGUUGGAUUCAUUGACUACAUCGUUCAUCCCUUGUGGGAGACCUGGGCUGAUCUAGUUCAUCCUGAUGCCCAGGAUAUCCUGGAUGCUCUGGAGGAUAACAGGGACUGGUAUCAGUCCCAGAUACCAGUCAGUCCAUCCUCCUCGUCUAUUCAGCUUAAACAAGACGAAGAUAAUUAUCCAUCAGAGGAAUAAACAGGAGUAAGACUGAAAAUAUCAUAUCAUGUUCUCAAACCCAAUUUAUGGAUUCAUUCAUGGUCCCCACUCCUCAUCUCACUUCUCCAUUAUCCGUCUUGUUCCUAUUCCUAGUCCGGAUACAGUUACAGAUACUCCAUUCUCCGUCCUAUCUUAAUCCUCCUAUUCCAGAUACAGAUACUUCAUUCUACGUCCUAUCCUACCCUCCUACUCCGGAUACAGAUUUUCUAUUCUCCGUACAUCCUACUUCUCCUAUUCCAGAUACAGAUUCUCCAUUCUGCGCCCUAUCCUACUCCUCCUACUCCAGAUACAGAUACUAAUUUUCUGUCCUAUUUUACUCCUCCUACUCAAGAUACAAAUUCUCCAUUCUCUGUUCUAUACUACUCAUUCUACUCCGGAUACAGAUUCUCCAUUCUCCGUCCUAUACUACUCCUUCUAUUCCAGAUAGAGAUACAUCAUUCUCCUUACUAUACUACUCCGUCCACCUUUUUUAAUUCUCAUCAAGCUACCUUCCUUCUUCCAUUUCUACCAAAGAUACGGAUUUCUCCAUUCUCCGUUCUAAGCUUAUCUUUAGUCUUACCAACUCAAAUUAUACUUUCCUACUUCUACCUAAAUAAAGAUAAUAUCUCUACCCAGUACCAUACUCCUAUUCCUACUCAGAUACAGAUUUACUUCCUUAUCUCACCACCUUAACUUCUCUACUUAUUCUCCUACCUAGAGAGAAUCUCAAAUCCUGUAUGAAAACUGAACCUAAAGAAGGUGUACUUGUCUAAAUGUACGUAUAUUGUUCAAAUAGUGAUAUACUGUACAGUGUACAGAACAACCUGGAGGUUGAUAAACAAUAAAUAUAUAGAUUGUGGACAAAUCUACAUCUAUAUUUCUUUACAUAAUGGAAUUUAAAGAAUGAAACCGGGCUCAAAAAGUCAUCAGCUUUUUGUAAAUGUUACUUUGUGCCAAAUUAGCUAGCACAUUUAUGGGUGUGCCAAAUUAGCUAGCACAUUUAAAGGUGUGCCAAAUUAAUUUGCACAUUAAUAGAUUUGCUAAAAUUGUUAUCUAUCCUGACUUAUUUCUAAAAAAAGCUUUAUAUUAGCUCUACACACAUUUCAAAAAGUAAUUUAUUCUAAAAAUGGUUAUUUCUUCAUUUUCAUAUUUAUGACAAGAGUAGGACUAGUAUAUCUGAUUGUUUUUUUGUCUGUCCUAAAAAUUGCCAGACAGUCGAAUAUAGUAUAUGUAUUUUAAAUCUCCGGGUAAAGUAUAAAGCUCUGAACAUUGGAAAGUUGUACAAUAGGAAGUUUUACUUUGGGAAAUUGAACAUUAAAAGUUAUGCAUUAGUAAGUUAUUUUUAUACAGUAAAAUGUUGUUCAUGGGAAUGUUAUGCAUUGUGAAGA